CAUAGAAAUGAAGGCAUAUGAAGGCAUAAAUGCAAUGUAUCAUAAAAAAUAAUAUUCCAAAUGCAAGCUAAUUGUGUAUUUGAGGAACUGUGUAAUAUAUGGAUACAAAAGUACUUUAUAUCUCCAAAAACACAGCAUUAAUGAAUGGAUGAGAACCAAACAAAAAAAAAAAUUAUAUAUGAUUAAAAAUGUAUAUUUUUUGCUCAAUCACUCAAUCAAUUGUUAGGGUCGCAUAGACCCCGAAGCCCAGAAGUGUAAACGGGAAACAAAGACCAUUUAAAGGUUAAAAAAAUCUCAUUUUGAGUUCCAUACAAGUUUGUACAAGUAGUUCCCUCCUUCCUCCUGCCCGCCUAUGGUCCUGCCUCCUUUUACCAACCAGCGCUCCUUAUUUUCGUAGCAUUCUUUUUGUUUUGUUUUUUGAGGACACUAAACUUAUGCAAGACAAUUACAUAAAUGAAUGAAAUAACAAACAGUGCUAAUAAAAUAAAAAAAGCUGUUGGCCAAGAUUACAACAAGAAAUAUUGCACAUUCUUGACAAAGUGAAAUGUACGCGUUUACUGUCACCAGGCAGGAUCACAUCCACCCUCAUCUCACCCACAGGUGAUGUGGAGUUAAUAGCGCUCUUGAACGCGUGGGAGAUUGGUAUCUCAUUACAGUCGUCAACUUCAUCCGGGACUACAAGAGGCAUUUCUAAUGUGAAACUGCAGUUAUUUCAACAUUUUGAGGAGCAGGCAUGGGUACAGCGCGCGCAGCUAGAGCGCAUAUUUUAUGGACAUCGAUAGCUUUGGUCCUCAUUAUAAUCGCAUCGUGCUUGACGUAUGUCUUCAUGUCGAAGGUGUCUGGAUUCCAAAGAAUUAGCACCGUGAAUGCCUCCUCAAUUGAGAGUAUGUUAAGACAAGUCUCGCGAGAAAAAUGGCUUCUAAAAGCUCGCAAUCACACUGAUAAUCGUUUGGUUUGGGAUGAUGAGUGGGAGUACCUCUGGAAUCAGAGUGGGAGCAUUCUGGACCCGAACAAAACGUGGAUGGUCAUACAAGAGAAAGGUGUUUACCUGGUCUACAUACAGGUGAACUUCGUUCUAAAGCCACAGAAGAAUAGCGACUCUACUGUAGAACUCAAACUUCUAGUGGAUCUCAAUUAUGGUGGGAAUUCGGAUAUAUUUUCAGCUGCUCAUGCCACUCAGGUGGUGAAUGUCAACACGUCUCCAGAUGCAAAGCUCAACACCUUCCUUCUGAUGUACAUGGAAGUAACAAACCAGUUUUCAGUGAGAGUAUUUCCAAGUGAUUUGGUGAACUACGAUCCGCUACCCUUCUCCACAUUUAUCACUAUCAUAAAAUGGGGAGACGACUGGUAGACUGUGGAGCAUGGGCAAUAAAUACUGCAUAAAUGAUUGGUUAUAUCCACGGACCACGUCUAAUUUUUACAAUGGCAGCUGUUCUUAUAUUCUUGUUAACUUUAAUUGUGACAAUUCGGUAUGACGCAGACUCAAGAUCAGCUGCUAGAACACCUGAGAUUUUCCAGCUUUCGUAGGAAAUGCUCGCUGACAUUAACGUGGAUUGCGUGGGGGGUUAUGAUACUUUCUUGGUGUUUUUUCUUCUUCCUUUCGAAAUAUGAACAUCACAUCUCAUGAUCUUCUCAGAAGCAUGACACAUUUUCCUCUCAACCGAUAUACAAGUUAAGUUUGUUGUGUUUCAGUUUUUUUAUGAGUCAAGAUGAAAAAGGGCAUGAUAUGCUGAGCACUGACUUUGAAGAUUCUCAUACUGUAGGCUAUAUAAAGUACAUAACUGCCGGCAACAAACGUUGCUUUACCAAACAGUAGUAAGCUAAUUCAGCGCAAGUGGGUAUUUUUCAAUGAAAGUCUAUAAAUAUAAUCAUGUAGUAUUUAAUUAAUCGACAGCUGAAUGUAAAAACCUCAAAACAGCAACAUAUGUUUGAUUUAAAUGCUUAGUGUGUCAUACAAAAGCUAUGAAGCAACACUUUAUUCUGUAAAUAUGGACUUUGUUUUUUUUUAAGACAAGCAAUCACAUUUUAAUUUUAAUAACCAGCAACCUCUUAGUAUUUAAUGAGCCAAAAUGUUUUGAUAGAUGUUGUGCGGUGCAACAGAAGCACUUAUUUGUUCAUGAAUGUCAUGGAAAUGUUUUCUGAUGAGGGUGGUGGUAAUGGGGAUAUUUCUUCACAUAAAUCACCACUAUACAUUAAUCCAGUCAAGCAAGUCAUAUAAAACUGAACAACAUGAGCUGAACAACAUGAGGCAGUGGAAUGUUUUUUUUCUCUCUCUCUUGGCAAGUGAAGUAAACCAAAUAUUGUUUCAGUCAGGAAAAUACCAUUUAUGAUGACGCUUACUUUUUGUCUUCACAUUUCUUUGUACUCCUGAGUUUUGUUUUCUUUAGAUAUGCCCCUGUUUAUAGUAACAAUGUAAAUGUUCACGCUGAGUGAUUUCAAUUGACUACGUUUUUUUACUGUUCUCAAAUAUGUAAACAAUAUUAUAUUUAUAAUUUGUAAUAUUUUUAUUUAAACUAUUAAUUAUAAAUAAAGCCAUAUGCUGUAGCUCCUUCUUCGUGCUUCUGUUGUAUCAUAAGCCAUUUACUGUACAUUACGCACU